CCGUCGUAGUUAGAUUGGUGUACUCCUUUCUCUAAGCUUCUGCCCUUUCAAGUGUUGCGAUCCCAAUGAUGGCGGCGGUGCGAUCUCGAUCUCACCUUUUCUGUUCACUACCAUGGAAGCUAGGCUCUUUAGGCUCCCGUUACGCUUUCUCUUCAUCAACCGUGGGAUCCAUCAGCAGUAACAAAGGUAUACUGGACCUAAACGAGGUUGAGAAGGUUCUCAGCGAUGUGAGAGCGGACGACGUGAAAAUCAUACCGGUCGGAAAGCACUGUAAUUGGGCGGAUUAUAUGGUGUUCGCCACUGGUAGGUCUACCUGGCACGUCAAAAACAUCGCUCAGGCGCUUAUUUACAAGGCUAAGGAAAAGCAGAAAGGAGCUCAGCGGAUGAUGCUUCCAAGCGUGGAAGGACAAGAGGGAGGAAAGUGGAUUGUCAUUGAUUCUGGCAAGGUGAUAGUUCAUGCUCUUGAUGAGAAGGCCCGAGCUUAUUACAAUUUGGAAGAUCUUUGGACUUCUGACACUCCCCCAAAAGAAUCAGUUAAGAUUCAAAAGUCUAUUAUGUGAAGACAAGGUAAACGAGAGAAGAUACAUCUACUUAUCACAUAUUAGUAUCCAACAUAAUGUUCUGUUUAAAUUACUUAUGACUAUCCUUAAUCAAACAGUGCCUGUUGCACAAACAAGCAUUUAAUUUGAUCAGAAAUCCAAGAUGAUUUUGGAAAUUAAGUUUAAAGUUCUUAUGUACGAUAUUCCAGGAAAAAAAAAACACUUAUAUUUGUUGAAGAAUGUUGUUAUUUUGAGCUAGCUAUUGCUGUCUA